GCCGCCAGGUCAGUCUACAGUGAACCGUGGUCGUGAGCGUUUCCGUGGCGUCCGUCCUCGUCUCUGUUCCUUCUCUCUCUUCUUUCUCACACCCGCUCACCACCACCACUACCACCACCACCAUACUCACCUCCACCCCCAACACCGCCAUCAUGCUCAUGCCCGGCGCGCUGCCCGCUUCCAUGUCCUCUGCCAUCACCUCGCCCACGUUGCACCAUCAGGCGUUAGAAGGCGUGAACCAGAAGGACACCACCUUCACCAAGAUCUUCGUCGGCGGUCUGCCUUACCACACCACCGACAAGUCCCUGCGCGAGCACUUCGAGGUGUAUGGCGAGAUCGAGGAGGCGGUGGUCAUCACGGACAGACAGACGGGAAAGAGUCGAGGCUACGGGUUUGUGACGAUGGCGGACAAAACCGGGGCGGAGCGUGCCAUCAAGGAGCCCAACCCGGUAAUUGACGGUCGAAAGGCUAACGUGAACCUGGCCUACCUCGGCGCCAAGCCUAGAGGGACGGCCGCAGGUGAGGAUGCCUUAUACGGCAUUCCCUUGACUGGCAUGCGCUACCCUACAGUGUUACCUGGUCAAUACGGAAGACGACGCAUCCGCCGCUAUACUACUAGGCUGCAUCAUAACUAUAUCUACCACCCGUCCUACCUGCCCACCACGGCGGGACUGCUGCCGAUGACGCCCUCCGCCCUCAAUCCCACGGCCGCCGCCCUCACUGCCGCUGGACAACAGGCCUAUUUUGAUUACACUAGUGCCGCCGCCGCUGCUGCAUCGUACCCCGCCGCCACCUACCAGACUGCUGCCGCCACGGGCAUUGAGCCUUACGCCGCCGCUGCCGCUGUGUCAGCAGGUGAGCUGCAAGCCGGGCGAGCAGCAGCAUCACAUCAAGCCUCAGCCAUGUCCCAGUAUGCCGCCGCCGUCCCGGGAUACUCGUGGUCCCUCCCGCCUGCCGCCACCGCCGCCGCCGCCGCAGCCGCUGGCACCAUCCCCAUGUCGCCCUACCAAGCCGCUCAACCUCAGCUGCAGGAAGCCCGCAUGCAGUAGUUCUCCCGCGCCGUCUGGUGAUACGCGUGUGUGCGGCACCACCGCCUGCCUGACAAAAAGCCUGGAACAGCCUGAAAAUACGAGGCCCAACCCCCAGGCUUCUACCACUCUGGUUGUGAACACUUACCUAGCCCGCACAGCCCCGCCCCGCCCUGUCCCUCCCACCUCCCUUUGGUGCGGGGGUGUGAGUUGUGUGCGCGAGGGUGUGCGCGCCGCCAAGCCGCGCCGGACAGUCACACGCGCGUGUCUUGGAGACGCCGGUGUUCAUGACAUUCUCCCAGCGGGAUCAUGACGGUGAUCUCAAAUAUAAAUAACAUAGUCAAACCAUGGGGAAUUUUUUUUUUUUUUUUUUUUAUUUAUUUUUUUUUUUUUUUUGCUUACGUGGUAUUUUUUACUCGAGAUAUUCGACAAGACCUAUUUGAUGAAAUGUAUCUCUUUUUUUCCGCCGGAAAUGUUGUAUGAUUACAUGUUAUCUUGUGCACAGUAUUUUUAGAGAGGAAAAAUAACUGAGGGAUCAGCCUCGUCGCAUGAAAUCAUUAACUACCAGUACCAGAGAGGAAGAGCAACAGGGAAGGAAACUCCAUCGCCCUAGUCGAUGCUUCUGUUGAGGGUUUGUUUUGCUUCGCGGGAAAGUUCGAAGCAGUGGUAGAGGACGAGGACAGACUUCGAGAGAACAAUUUAAGUGACAUCCUAUGACCAUCUGUUUGUUUGAGUGGACCAGAGAGCUCUGAUGGGACAAUGACAUUCACAUGUUGUUCUUUUGUUGUUCACAUUGUUAUUGUUACCUUUAUUUAAUGGAGUGGCAGGGAGGAGGCAGUUCAAGUCCCAGGCUGCCUCUGGUCCCUGUUUUUAUUUUAUUAUUUUUUUUUUUAUUUAUUCUGUGGUUCAGUCCCUGCCAUGUUCUGUUCACCCUGGGUUGCACUUCAUGAAUGUUUCUGGUUCUGGUUCACCUGGUUAUGAUUCAGCCUGGUUCUGUUCAUUCUAGAUUUGGUCCUUGCUGCUACCAGCUGGUUUUUUGGACUCAGCCUUGGGUGGUUCAUCAAGGCAUCGGUGUGUGCCUGCCUCUUCUCCACUUGAGGCAAUGUAAUAAAUGUUGGCUUGGGGAAGACCAUGACAAGAAAGAGCUGUUUUCCACAGAUUAUUUUUUUUUAAAGCAUUUAUUCACAAAGAUAUUCAACAUUUCCUUAUCAUUAUAUGGAAAUAUUUAAUAUUCAUUAAUUCCUUUACUGAAAUAUUUUAAUCUGUUGAAAGGAAUGUUUGGCAUCAUGAAUAGAGAUGAUCUUCUGAAGGGUGUAAGCUGUCAUCACAUCAGAAGCUUGCUGUUACCAUGACCUUUAGUUAGGUUAUAGAAAUUGACAGCACAUGGAUUUAUUAUGGAGUGGAAAGUAAUAAUAAGAGUAUGCUUGCACACCAGUUUGUGUUUGGGGCCGGAGCCGAGUGUGCCGCCAGCUGUAUCCUGUCAGCCAGCCGUGAACCAGCCAUGAUAGAGAUCUGCCUGGGUGUUGGAAAUUCCUCUCCACAUUCCUCUUUCCCAAGGAAGGCCAACCAGCCACUCUGUGAUCCCUGCUGUACCACCCCAGUUCUGUACUCUCAUGAAAUUCAUGUCACUGGAGUCAUUUGUGUUGGUGGUUUGUCUUUGUUCAGCAGCAGCAACAGCAGAAGUCAGUGAGGUCUGUUUCUUCCUGGGGUUUGCAAUCCGUGCUCUCUGCGACACAGAGGAAAGGUUGCUUGGCUGUGUUAGGACUCUCUUUGUAUUGAUGAAGUAUUACUUAUUGAUGAUUCUAAAUUACAGAAAAUUAAGUCAUUCUUCAGCUUUCAUUUUAAUAACUAUUAUCAGAGGGGUUUUUAGCUUCUUAUUAUAGUUACUCACUUCCAGAUGAUCACCUAGUUAUGAUAUUACAAAGCUUAUAUACAUGUCCUUUCCUAUUUCAUGAGAUUUAAUUCCAUAUCUGAGAGUUCUCUGUUUCCUGGAACUAGUGAUAUGUUUAUACAUAUAAUAACUUUUCCUCGUUACAUCAUUAUCAUGUAAAGAAUAGAUAUUUUGUUAAUAGCACUUAGUUAUUUGAUAAUCUGUACCUACUCAUGUAGCAUACCUAGGCCACUUGUCAUUAUUCAUAAUUUUAAGUACUAUAGAAUGUAAGAAUUUAUUUUCUAAGUGUUUGUGUGUAGUAUGGAAACCUGAACAGUGAGUGCACAUGCCAAGUGUUGUGUGGUCCUCUUGUCUCCAUGCAAACUGGUCUGGCAGCUGGCUGGUGUGGUGCCAGCUACUGUGUGGCUCACCCUGAAAUCUGAGUGAAGUCACACAGAUGUGAGCUCAUCCUGUAAUCUGAGAUCAUUGGCCCUGACAAAUAUUUUUGUGGAAAAUUUAGCAUUAUUUGAUAAUGAAAAGGUAUCAAAGUUUUGAAAGCUGCACAUUUCCAAACUACACACAGGCAGACCGAGUAUUUUAAGGUACUAGAUGAGCAAGCUAAGAUAUAUUGGUACGUACAUACUAUAUAGUUAAUAACUGAGUAGAGUUACAUUUAGUAAAAAAAUAUCAUACCCUCAAGAUUAUGUAAGUCGGCUUUGCCAAGCAAUAGUCAGGAUUAAGUAUUAUAUACUAUUAAUGUAGUCCUUUUAUAUGUUAUUUACAUGAGAUGAUGUGUUAAGCUUCCCCUAGAGAGGGGUGUUAUUCUGUAACAUCUAGUCAGAAUCUCUGCAUCAGUGUCAAGCCUGUGCCAUAUGUUGCUCAGCCUCUCUGGCCCUUGAAAGUGUUACAUGUUACUGACUGCAACACUUUUCACAAGACUAAAUACCUGUAGCCAAAGUUAUUCACACACAUAAACAGCUCUGAACUUUGUGGUGCAGCACUGCCAUCAGAUGGUACUGUGGCUGUUCUGUCAUGAGGGUGAUACCUCAGUGGAAGGUUUUAUUUUCAUGGGAACAAUUUUCAGAGCAAUUUCUAUUACAAGCACUUGCAUUGGUUCUCUUGAAAGAAACUAAACUUGCUGAUGGGAGUUGGAUGUCUAGAAGUCGUGAAAGCUUCCAAAAUUCUGUAGCAUCAUUUUCUUUAAAUUCAGAAAGCAGAUGAAGUUUAUUUCUAUUUUUUUUUUCUUUUUCCUUAUAAAGUCCAUUGGUAACUGGUGCAGCAAAACCUGGAUGCUCUAAUUUUUGUUGUUUAUAAAACACUGUUGGCUGAUAAGUAACUAAUUUAAUAAUACAUUAUAAUCAAGUUAAGAAAAGUAGUUGUAGAUUGUAGUGGAAAAGUACAAGGUUUAGGUAAUACUAAAAGCACAAAGAAGGCUUGCAGAAUGUUCUCAAACUCCCAUUGAUGUCAGUCACCUUUAUUACUCUGAUACCAAAGAAUGAAUACCCCUACGCUGCACCACCAAAUAGCUCACAUUCUGGCUGUAAUAAUACUACAAAUGUACUUGUGAAAUUUGGAUGACUAGUGACUGAUAUUCAUAGGUGCAUGUGUAAAGUUUUGAAGCAGCUCUCUUUGAUGCCAUGAGUGAAGGGCCAGAUAUAUAUUACCACACUAGAGUUAUGAUUACAAAAAGACAAACUUGACAAUGAAGGUAAACAGAACGAGGAUCUGUGCCUGCCCUAUCAUUUAUCUAGUCAACAAGUGUAAUGCCUUUAGCUCAUGUAUACAGUACAGGUUGCCUUAUAAGUGCCUUGGAUUGAGAUAAUAAUUGUAUGCAGCUCUCGAGACAGGAGGUUUGGAAAAAAUGAGUAAUUUAUACAAGGUGGAAGUUUAUUCUUAAUGUAGUUGUAGAAAUAGAUGACAUAUCACACUGAAGACUUGUACCUCCAGUAGCUCUGAUUAUUAAGGCUACUUACUAGUUGCAAGUCACACAAUUAGGGAAAUGUGUAAUGAUGGAAGUAAAGAUGUGAGUGAGGACAAGCAUUGGUUGAGUAACGUUACUUGAAAUCAGUGACUGAGAAGCACGUCUGGAAGGAAGUUACUUGAAUAUACAUGAGGCUUGUAAGCACCGUUUUCAGAGGGUGAGACUCAUUUUUUCAUAUUUAUCAAGUUACAUACUUUGGUGCACUGCAAGUAAUUUACAGGAAAAAUAGUUUUCAGUAUUUCCGUACAUUGCUUAUUGUAGUAAAUUGCCAUUGUGUAUCAGGACAUGGCAUGCUUUUAUAUUUAAUAUGAAUUAUACAUAACUAUUUCUUCCAAAGCUGUUAAACCAAGUGUUGUUACAGAUGCAGACAGAAUUAGUGUUAUCUUAUGAAUUUUUUUUAGCAAGAUCUAAUUUUGAAGUGUCUCUCAGCCCUGGAUUAAAGCUGGCCAGAUCAGAUCCAUCACAUGAUUUGCCAUCAUUGCAUAGUAAGAAGAUUAGUAAAGUCAACCUGGUAAAGAAAACAUGAACUUGUUUCCCUUGCCUUCUUGCAGGCAUCAGUUGCUAAUUGGUCAAAGCACUCUGCAAUUAGUUUUGGUGGCUUUUAAGUGAAAAUGCUACUUUUGUCUGUUGCUGUACCUAUUGUUCAAGUACCACAGCAGUGCUCAUAUACACCUGGGUUUGAGUUUAUACAUCUUCAGCUUUUGUAGACUUAAUCUGUUUUCAUUAGAAAUCCUAUUUAUGUCAAACGAUCAACACUUCAGUUGAUUAACCAUUACAUUGGUUUAGUACAGCACAUGAAGACCAAAACAUUAGUGAAUUCAUUCAUCCACCAGCCUUGCUUGCCAUGCUAAAGUCUGUGAUGGUUUGUUCCUCUUUAAUUGUGUGAAAUCAACAUACUGUCAGAAUCCCAGAUGUGUUUUUCAAGACAUCCUAGCAUGAACAGAAGGCAUCUAUUAUGCUCAUUUCUGUAAAGUAGUUCUGUAUUACAAAUCACAAACUAUUAUGAGCCCAAAAAAUAUUACUUUCAGAUUCAUAAUGAUCAUAUUUGUCAACCUAGAAAAUCAGAUUAGUUUUAUAACUUUGAAAAAACAUUUAAUGGUCUGCAUGAUUUUUAGUGAUGAAUUAUUACAAUAUUGCAAUGUCCCUUGGGUUCCAUAUGCAGAUUGUUUUUUUCUUAGAGUAUACUAGCAUUCAAUCUACACUCUUCAGUUAGUAUUCAGUCAUUCAAAUUUACACAAAACAGGAUGAUCUGGAAUUCUAACAUUAGCAGAAAUGAAAUGUUGGUGUAUAUAACUUGAGUUAUGCAACUGAACUUGAGGUGACUGUAAAAGUUAUGGAAUCAUCGCAUUACCCUUCAUUUAGAAUCACAUUAUCACGAUUACAAGAUUGUGUAACUCUAGAGUAUUAUGAAGAAGAAAAGUUUGGUGAUGAUGAUGAUGUUGUAUGGAGUGAUGAUAAUGCAAGAGAGUUAGUGCCUUUUUAAAAUGUAGUAUGGUAAUGUUCAUUGUCUCCUGAAGGUUGACUGUGAACAUUUUUGUAACGAACUUCAAUAAGGUUAAUCAAAGUUAAGGUCUUAAACACAACAUACAGUGCCUUUUUGACAGUAACAUUUAUAAUUUCAAAAGUGGAUAUAUGUCAUGUAAAAAAUAUAGUUUAGUAUUUACUGUUGUGUCUCAGACAGGAGAGAACACACACUGGCAGUCCUUUUAAACUGUCAUGUUCUAUACUUUUCAGUCAUUAUACUUGAUUUUUGUAUAAAUCAGGUAUAAAAGGGCAUUAUAUAUUAGCUCAUUAAUUUAAUAGAAUUUAAGAGGCAUAUGCAGUAUAGUAUAUAAAAAAUUCAUUAUGUAUUUAUUGUUACAUUAUGCUGUUAUCAACUUUGUAGCCAUAUUUCUUUGCACAAAAUUGGACCACUUGAG